CGAUUUGUUACGUUCCCCACUUCAGUCAAAUUGAUCCCUGCAUCCAGCCGACCUGCGAUGCCACCUACACCAUCGUCCAUCAUCUCCGACGCCCUCAACUCGCUAUCCAAGGCCGCAAACCUCGCUCUCGCUACUGUCGAAGAACAAGCACGGACGGAUGUCACGCGCGCGAAUGCCGAGGUUUCGGAGGCGCGUCGCGAGCGGGACGACGCGCUGAAGACUCUGCGCGACCUCAGGCUGCAGGAGAAGAGUUGGGAGCGUCGAGAGGAGUCGUGGAAGGCUUCGGUUGAUAAAGCCGAGCUUACAGUUAAACACCAAGCUGAGACGAUAUCCCAUUUACGCGCCGAGUCUGCUCAAUGGAAAGCACAACUAACGAGGCUCGAGGAGACAUCUCGCCAAGAAGUCAACGACUGGAAAGAACGUUGCCUGCAUGCCGAACAGGAGCGGUGUCAGUUAUCCUCCCGGAUAGAUGAACUUGUCGCAGAACAGCUAGCGUACAACACACAGGCUAAUGCAGCUCUGGGUGCUCUUGCCUCACGGUCUCCCUACCCAGACCUCUUCGAGCUAUCUAGCUCGUCUACGAAGCGCGCUUCCACCUCAUCCGUUGCCCCGCCUCUCAACAAACGACAGACGUCCCUAGCCCAAGCACCUGACCAUGACGCUCCGCCUCCAGCGCGGAAGACCAGGCCAGUGCAGACACCAUCCAAACACGCCUCCCAGAUCGACCGUCCCGUCGACCCUCCUCCCUCACGCACGCCAAAGCAUAAGUCUCAGCCCACCGAGCCCCCGCCGGCGGCCACCAAGGCACCACGCACGCCGAACACACCUCGCGCCACACCGAUAUCGCGCGCCGCACAGAACUCACACUCACACUCGCAUCCACCACCACCUGAGCCAUCAAGCUCGGUCCCACAGCAGCGUGUGAUUCGUCGCGUGCAAGCGGUGAUCUCCGUCCCUGUGAAGGAAGAAGAAGAGUCAGAUGUUGAGCCCUUCGAGUCUGACGCGUCAGGCUCGGCGUACGAGCCGGAGGACGAGCAGCCUGUGCUGAAGCGAAACAACAGACGGGCGACCGCCGGUCAAAGGCAAUCGCGGGCCAGGCGAGUGGUCGAGGAUGAGGACGAGGGCGAGGAGGAGACACGAAGUCAUCGUCAUGUUCGGCCCGGUCGUUACGUUCUAGAGGACGAGGAUGACACGGACGAGCUCGCAAUGGGUCGCGAGGAUGAGUUUGACCCUCCUCAACAAACGACGCCCAGGACAAAGACAAAGACGGCGCGGACGCCUGCAACACAUCUCCGAAGAAACGAAAGCUUGAUGUCGAUCAAGUGAAUGGCACCGCUGGUCGGGCAACUACCAAAGUUGCGCGAAAGAAGUAAGCUGCCACCAUGAACAUCACGAGCAGAAUGUGUGUGUAUUCCUCAUUACCCCAUCGUGUCUCCAUGUCUCUGCUAUAGCAAUUGCCGUUGUAUCAUACAUACAUGUUAUGCCUCAUCUACAAGUAACCGGGGUGUACGUCUGCAGUCAUAAGAAUAUACGUGGUCAGGCUCAUGAGGGGGAUGCUGGUGGGAGUGUGCUGCUACCGGGAUACGUGAGUCUCAUAAUUUAUGUGCUAUGUCCGUAUCAUGUCCGUAUCGUCCGCUUG